GCCACACGCACGCGGGCCCCACAAAUAAGGUAUCGUAUAAACAAAACGCGAAACGCUGAAAAGCUGGGAAGCAACAAAAAGUGUGAGUGUAUCGCCGGUGACAAUCGCAACUGCAGAGCUCUCGCUCUCCCCAGUCGAGAAACCGAGGCAUACCAGAGACACGAGCCCCAGCCCCAGUGAACAGAGCGGCAUUCUCAGUCAAACAACAAACGCAACUGAAGUAACAACGAGUCCGCGUACCGCCCCCUGAAAUAAAAGUGAAAUUCUACGAGUCCCGGUUUCCCGGUCGGUCCCCCAAGGAGUUACGCCUAAAUCCGAAACGAAAAUCCCCCAAAAGUUAUGAUAAUUGAGUGCCAAUUGUGCCCGGCUUAAUGUUCAAGCUGCCCAGCCGCGAGAGGUUCGGAGUCUGGGUGCAGCGCCUCCUCAUCAUCGCCCUGCACCUCUGGCACCGCAGCAGCAUGUCCUUUGCCCGUGGUCGCCAGGAGGCGCUCAAAUGGAUUAAGCGCCGCCUGGCCAGGAGACGAAGUAAUGCCGACACGAACACCGAGGCAGGGCGAGCAGAAGCAGCUGUUUCUGUUUCUGUUCCGGAUUCUGGUUGUGGCUCAGAAGCAGGAGCGGAAUUAGCCGAGAUCUUGGUGCUGAAUGACACGCAAAUCGAUGGAGACUCUGGGGAGAGGCCAGCUCAGGCGAUUCAGAUCCUAGAGUCCCCGCCAGCAACAGUCUUGACCAAUGACAGGGACAUGAAAGAGGUUAAAGCAGCGCCCAUUGCCCGCAACGAAGAGGUGGAUGAGGUGGAGGAAGAGGCUCUGGAGGUUUUGGAGGAUCCGGAGGUGGAGCAGCUGUCCGCGAACGCUAAUUAUGUGUGCUGUCGAUAUCCAACAACAACAACCUCCACUGCAUCAGAGGGCACUUUGAACCGCAGCAAGUCGCGGGUUCAAAAGUAUCUCAAGAAGUGCAAGCAGCGCCUAACGGGUCAGCAGCCAAAGACAACUCCAAAGACCACCACUACCACCAUCACCCUGGUAAGGAACGAACCAGCAGCACCUACAAGCAUCGGGGAGAGGGAAUCCGAUAAUGAGGAGCUACAGGAGGAGCUGGCAGCGGCGGAGGAGGCGGACCUGGCUGAGGACAGCCACGGCUCCUACUCGGAUGCCCUGCCCAUCGACUGUAGCUUGGAUGCUGGCCAGGAGCAGCAGGCGGUCGCCGACGAGCUGGAGCCGCCACACGAGGAAGUUCCACUGCAGGAAGAGCCUGGCAACAAAGGUAUCCCCAUACCAAUACCUACUGAGAGUACGAUCCCCCAGCUUCCCCAGCUGCCCGACGAUGUGGAGGCCACGCUGGGCCGGCUGAUUGACAGCCAUCUGUCGCACAUUUAUCCCGUCUACUGGGCACGCACGCGUGCGAUAUUAAUCGAGCAGGCACGUGAGCGGCUCGUGUGCGGAUUCGACGGCAGCCUGGCCCUCUUCGAGCAGCGAUUCCUAUGCAAAUUUGCGCAAAUUGCCGCCGCACUCCGGUCGGCCCAUCAAAUUGGCGAGUCCUGGUUAUGGCAUCCCGGCUGGCCGCUGGCAACGUCCAAUGGAGCGCUGGUGCUGCAGCUGAGCGACGCUGAGAUCGCGCACGCACUUCGCCCGGCGGAGCUGUAUCUCUGCAUCAAAUUGGAAGCAUCCGCGGAAAGCGAAGCGGACUCCAUCGCACGGCUCUAUGCUGUUUGGCGCUCGUCCCGCAAGGAGGAGAGCGUCCAGAGCCACUGCAUCGAUCACACGAAUCCCCGCCAGCUACCACUGAGCGUGCUUCAGCUGGAAAUGACCACGGCAGCGGCAGCCCUAAUGGCGGCAGACAGCGGCGAACUGCCGCAGCUGCUGCAGAAUCUGCUGGUGAGCGUGGAGCGCAGCAUCGAGCGGGUGUCGCUCAACGAGCUGCAGCUGCAGAUGCAUCCAGGCGAGGAUCUGCUGGAUGAGGCCAACAAUAAUGGCUGCAGUCACGGCCAGAGCUUGGUGGGAUCGCCCAAGUGCGCACUGCGGCGCAGCGAUUUGAUUACCAAAAACAAACUCUUCAACAGCCGGUACAUGCUCCGGCGCCUGACCAACCGGCAGGAUAGCAUGAACUCCACUUCGUCGGGCAACAGCAAUGUGAGCGACAGGAGCAGCAGCUCCAGCUCUGGGUCCAGUGCCGGCGAGGAGCUGCAAAGCAGCAGCAAUGAGGCGAAGAAGCGGAACAGCAAUGGCAACGAGGCCAGCGGAGUGUCCACCUCGCCGGCUCUACCUCUCUUCUGUCUGGGAAACUCAUUUCCGCACAUUGAUAGCGACGAGGAGCCGAGCGACUGCGGCGGAGUGGAGAAGCACCACAGUCUGGAUACUUGCGAGACGGAGCUACUGCCACCCAGCUCGAUUGGCGAGCUGCCCGAGAAACUGCUGACCAGCGGCGUCUACCUACCAGGCACACGCACCCUCCGAGGCGACCCACUUGUGAGCGUGGACGCGGCCUGUGUGGCGUCCGCCGGCCUCAAUUGCUAUGAGCUGGCCACGCUGCUUCUCUACUACAGCACAAUUCCGGAGCGCAGCUCCAGCUCCUGUCCGCGUUCCACCCCGACAACACCCGGAACGACGGCAACAAUCAAUGGCCAUAAAAGCGCGGAGCAACUGCAGCAACAGCAGCAGCAACAGCAACAGCAACAACCCGCCCAACAGACAUUUACCAUUUUAAUUGCCAUCGAGAAGUCUCAACAUUUAUGCGUAAUCGACUUAAUUUGCCAAAGUCUCAGACUCUUAGCCAAGCAAAUUGGCAAUUGUGAAAUUUUGGCCAUUUGCAGCGAUCCAAGUCUGUUGCAAUUGUGCAACGAACAGCAGCAACAGAAGCAGCAGAACAAUAACAGUGAUCACCAGGAGCCGUCGCCGUCGUCGUCGUCGUCGCAUUUGGUUAAAUUCAUUAGCGUGGACCAAGUCACGACAAGUGUUGCGCCAUCACAGCUCCCCGCCGCCUGCCUGAUGCCCUCCGUGCCCGCCCUCGCGGCGCUACCCGGCUGCGGGCAGCGGCAUCACGACACGGCCAAGUGGCGCGAGUUCUUCGCCCAGCUGGAGGCCUUCCAGCGGCAGUGCUCCCUGGCCGGCGGCAGGCUGGUGACGGCCCUCAGCGACAUACGCGCCGCCGAUCUUCAGGGAUUGCCCACGCGCCGCCAGCUCUACGGCCAGCAUCGGGCUCUUAGUCGUGCGCUGAUGGACUCGCAGCUGCAUAGCCUCCGCAAGAUGGGCGCCGGCCAGUUGGCCCGCCUGCAGGAGCUGGCCAGGGGCAUCACCUCUGCCCCAGCACCGGCUACUUCAUCUGGCCAAAGGAUGAGCACAUCUCAGCCUCCGUCCCCGACUGCUUCGGUCUCCUUGAGCACAUCCCUCAAUGCGGAUGCCGCCUGCAAGCUACGCAAGGUGACUCUUCUUUUCAACGAAGUGGAUCGCGCCGCCCAGCGACUGGAGCAGCUGACGGAGCAGCGAAGGGAGCGCCUCAGGCAGCUGACCAGGCAACGUGCCCUCGAGGAUGAGAUCAAUGAGGUCACCUCGUGGCUGGGCAGCGAUGGAGCGGAUAAUCUGCAAAAGUUUUCGCAGUUGCAAUGGGACAACGAGUCGCAGCUGAGGACCCAAGAGCAGGAGUUUGAAAAAUACUAUUUUAUAGCAAUGAAACACCUGGCCAAGGGACGCGAUCUGCAUGCCGCCGCCCUCAAGGUGUCCGUUUUAAACGAGAGCGCCAACAACCUGAAGACCGCCUUGGAUCAGUUUGCCCAGAAACUGGAGCUGGCCCACGAACGCUACGAGGCGGCUGCCCGUCUGCUUCACCUGCUCACCCAACACCAGCGGGAGGCCGCUGCCCGCGAGGAGCUGCAACGGCUGGCGGAUCAGCUGGGCGCCUCGGCCCUGUUGGAGAAGCACUGGCCGGCCAUGCGUAAGAGUCACUCCCUGCCGGCGGCCAGUAGCACACCCGCUCCCGCCGCCGGCAAGAGGGUGAGCUACCGCUGCAGUUCGGCCAGUGGCAGCUCCUUCGAGGGGGGACCCUCGAGCAGCAGUUGCAGCUGCUGGCGAGAGAGUCGCAACCUGGAUGACAUGGACCAGAUGGAGGAGGAGGAGGAGCUGGAUCGCAGCUGUGGUGAGGGAGAGGAGCAGCAGUCCAAGAUUGCCGACUCCGGUGUGGGCGUCUGCGACAAUUGCGAACGCAACCCGAAGCUGGCCAGGAUCUGCUCCUGCCAGAGUCUCAACGAAAAGAGUCACGACGAGCUUAUGGAGGACGAGUGCUUCGAUAGACCGUCCAAGCGCUACAUGGACAUGCACUCGCCCAUGGAGGCAAACGCCCAUCUGCAGUGCCAUGGGUCCAGUUUGGAGCUGCCCAAGCUGGAAGAGCUAAGCUGCCUGGAUCCCAAGAUACAAAAAACGCUUCUAUUGAUCAUGCGCGAAAUGAUUGGUACCGAACGCGACUACGUGCGCUCCCUGUACUACGUGAUCGAGAACUACAUAGACGAACUGCUGCGCGAGGACAUUCCGCAGCCGCUGCGGGGACAGCGCAAUGUGAUUUUCGGCAACAUCGAGAAGAUCUUCGAAUUCCACAACUCACACUUCCUGGGCGAACUGGAGCGGUACGAGCUGAAUCCGUUGAAGGUGGGAGCUGCCUUCCUGGAAAUGGAGUCCAAGUUCUAUCUGUAUGCGCUGUACAACAAGAACAAGCCUAAAAGCGACACCUUGCUGAGCGAAUACGGCAGCUCCUUCUUCAAGCCCAAGCAGAUCCAGCUCCAGGAUAAACUGGAUCUGGCCUCCUACCUCCUGAAGCCAGUUCAGCGGAUGGGCAAGUACGCUCUGCUUCUCCAGCAAUUGGUCAAGGCCUGCCGUAGUGUCGAAGGUGCCGCUCUGCAAGAGAUUGCCGCGGAUGUUGAGGAGCUGCAGCGAGCAGAGGAAAUGGUCAAGUUCCAGCUACGACAUGGUAAUGAUCUGCUGGCCAUGGACUCACUACGCGACUGUGAUGUCAAUGUCAAGGAGCAGGGCCGAUUGCUGCGCCAGAACGAGUUUCUUGUGUGGCAAGGACGCGGCGGCAAGAAGACGCUGCGUCAGGUGUUUCUCUUCGAGGAACUGGUGCUCUUCAGCAAGGCGCGUCGCUUUCCCGACCACAAGAAUCUGGACAUCUACAUCUACAAGAACAGCAUCAAGACCUCGGAUAUAGGACUGACAGCGCACACCGGCGACUCGGCCACCAAAUUUGAGAUAUGGUUCCGCAAGCGAAAGCCCGACGAUACCUGGAUGCUGCAGUGCAUGUCGGAGGACAUCAAAAACUCCUGGACCGAGGAAAUCUCCAAACUGCUCUGGAAGCAGGCGAAACGAAACCGAGAAAUUCGUCUGGCGGAGAUGUCCUCGAUGGGCAUAGGCAGCAAGCCUUGCCUUGACAUUCGGCCCAGCAACAACCAGAUCAGCGAUCGCUCCAUUCCCCUGGCGCAGUUAAACAAGACUCCCAAGCUGCGUCACUCGGAGCCCGGCAAGGGCAGCAUGCGGCGACCCAAUUCCCUAAUCUCGGAGAGCUCUCUGUCCAGCGGUACUAGCACCACCAGUGGCUCUUCCAUCAGCGGUGCCUCGUCUUCCGGCCACCACGAUGGAGGCGGUCGGCAUAGCCUGCACUUUGGCAAGCUGCCGGGACCACACAACACUAGUUCCGCCAAUAACUGCAGUGCCACCCUGGAGUUGAUUAACGAAACGCAGGCCCUGAAGCUGGUCAAGUCCUCAAGUGGCGGAGGGAUCAAGGGCUCUGAGCCCGCCGACUCUGAGGGAGGCAGCAGUUCUGGUCUCGCAGCAGGAACUGGAAAAGUUCAAGGACUCGGGAGCAGCAAACGACACCACAAACGAUCGACCACCAUUGUCAGCCAGCUGUCCAUGGAGAGCGGCAUUGUCUCCGACAUGUUCGUCACCCCGGACCAGGAGCAGUCAGCGGCGGAGAGUAGCCGGAGCAGCUGGUCCACGUCCACGUCGGCCACGGCAUCAGCAGCGUCCACGUCGAGUGCCUCCACGGUGAUCCUGCGACGCUAUCGGUCCUACGCGCAUGCGGCGGAGUCUGCCAGUCCAGACGGCGGCAAAUAGAAGGAGCUCCUGGAGCGAGAGAGAGAGCAGCGAAUCUAGGAUUAGUAAACCCCAUUUAUAGCUUUAGCAGAACGGUUUCAUCAUCGGAUCCAGAUAGAAGCAUUACGAUCGAACGCUAAUUUUAUUUCAUUAUUUUUGUUAUUUAUUAUUUAUUACCCUCUAUAUUUCCGUUAAUUUGUCGUAAUCGGUGCAGAAACCCGAUUGAAUUGGUUGAAUUCAGCGUGUCAAUGUCGAAGCCCCAGUCCACACAAUCGAACGAUCCACACACCACCACCACCCACAGAGCACCACCAGUGCCCAGCAUAUCCGAAUCGAAGUUCAUUACGUACAGUUAGUUGAUAUGUAACCUAAGUGCCUACAUUUAAAUAAGGGUAAACGAAAGUAAAAAUAAAUCUACGAUAUACAAGUGUAUCUUUAAAUAGUUGUAAGCCAAAACUUAAAUUCAAUAAAUGUUGCUUCAAUGUA